UCGACCAUCUUCAAUACAGCCCUAUACCUCCGGCCCGCUGAGCACAGUAUAGGCCUACUAUGACGUGUUGAGGAGAAGGUCGUUUUAAUUGUUAGCUGUUUUGUUUUGUUCCGCAGAGUGGAUUAACCAAUAGGACUAUAGGCGCGGCCUGCAUUUUCUAACUUUUAAGUUGGUUUGGUAGUUAAUCCUCGCAGUUCGAACUUGAGGACACGAUCGCGUAGCGUAUUUUGUACUGUGCUCGCACUACGCUAUACGAAGGAUAUCAAAUCAUGAAGCUGCUGAAUAUUCUUGUUUUAUUGGUGUUGGUUGGCCUGUGUUGCGGGCAAUACAUGGAGAGGUUGAGCCGCAGAAAGAGGGAAAGUUGUUUCCCCGAGAGUACAGGCACCACUCCGUUCAUCAAGGAGAUAUUCCUGGGGAGAUGCUUGGAGCUCCAGACGGAGACUGCGAUACCCAACGCUUGCCCACAGAGCCCUGUCAACUGUACGCUACUGUGGGACGUUUUCCAUGAUGCCAUAGCAUACAAGGACCCAUGCGCCAUACCACUGGACGCCUACCGGGAGUUCAUUGCAGCAGUGCCUCACCAACUGCCAGCUGAUAAGUCAAUGUUUUGGUCGGGCACCAGUUACAUCGUCCACGAGUACACGGAGGCUGCCAAUGACCUCUUGACCUUGGAAGACACGUUGCUAGGAUACAUGGUGGAUGGUCUCCAGUGGUGUAGCUCCACCGAUGCCAGCUCCACCGGACUCAACUAUCAGGAAUGCCCCGAUUUCUGGCAAGAGGGAUGUGCCGUGGCGUCGACGGCUUUCUAUACCGCGACAUCGUCUGCAAUUGGCCGUCAAGCUACGGGCGUCAUCACCGUCAUGUUGGACGCCACCAGGACAGACGGUGCCUAUCGCAACGACAGUUUUUUCGCCAAGUACGAGUUUCCCAACAUGGAUCCGGAGAAGGUUACUCGAGGAGACAUCAUCCUUGUCAAUCGCCUGGGGAAUCCCAUCGUUGAGACAUGCGGUACUGGAUCGGUUGCUGUCCUGGAGAGAUUGUUCACGGAAAAAGGAAUCGAAUGGACAUGCACGGAUAAUGACGAACGGGUGUAUCACGUCCAGUGUUCAAAGGAUCCAACCCACACCGAAUGUAUCACUCCAGCUGACGUGACGGGGUCGAGCGCCACCAGUCGUCCAAGCUUGAUUAUACUUGCUAUGAUCUUAGUAUGCAUGGUGGCUGAGCUGAUGUAGAACUUAACAAUUCCAUUCCAGUUACCAAAUUAGACCUAGUUAAUUUGCAUUUUUAUUUUAUUUUAAGGUUUUGAGGGGUUUUUAAAAGUUUUUUAAAAAGAAGUAGCCACAUGUAUAUAGGCACUGAGUGUGUCAUGAUUAAAGAGACAUUACGUCCAUUACGUCCAAUUGGCGUUUUAAACGAAAUGAUGCUAAAUAGUUCAUUUGAAAUAGCAUUUAAAAGUAGAAUAUAAAUGCCCACACGGCCAUUCUUUAAAAACUGGGUGUUUUGUGUAUCAUUCUUGCCAUGCGAUA